AUGAAGAGGGAAGGGAUUCAAGAUCUACCUGGGGAGGCAUGCAUCUCUCCUGUUUCAAACCUUCUUGAGCUCGCAAUGCUUCCCUUUUUCAACCUUCAUGGGGGGUAUAGACAUUUGGUUCAUCCAACAUUUUCUUUAAGCCACACUACUACAUUAACGAGCAAUGGUGACGCUCUAUUGCGACGAAUGCAGUUUGAAGGUGUUCCUGAAAUGGAUAAGUGGUGGGAAUUUCCUAGAUGGAGUUAUGAUUAUCAAAAAGGAGCGGAUGAAUACAUUGAAAAAGCUUUUGCUACAAGGUCCCAAGGAAAUCAAAUUAGUUGCCCAUAUUGUAUGUGUUAUCAUCGAUAUUGGUAUGGUCGGAAUGACGUGAAAGAUCAUAUCAUUUGCAAUGGUUUUGUACCAAGAAGUGAUGAAUUUUCUGGGUUUGGGAAGAUGGGUGAUGAAACAGAAUUAGAGGCACAUGAUAAACCAUUGAACAUGAAUGAUGGUAUACAAGAAAUGUUUAACGUUACUCUGAGAGAAGGGCCAAAUGAUGAGGCAAAGAAGUUUCUUAGUCUAAUAGAAGAAGGCCAACAAGAAUUAUAUCCUGGUUGCAAAAAAUUCUCUAGACUUGCGUUUACAAUUCGCCUUUAUAUAUACAAGUGUGAUCAUAAGUUGAGUAAUGUUGCAUUUUCUGCUUUGCUAGCAUUGUUUAAGGAAGUUCUACCCGAUGAUUCUGUAUUGCCAACAUCGUUGAAUGAGGAGCAUUCAACUGCAACAAGUUGUCAUGUUUGUAGGGCCUCAAGGUGGAAAUCGAAGGAAAAUGAUCACACUGAAUAUACCUCAGAAAAGGCACAUAAAAUUCCAGCAAAAAUUCUAAGAUACUUUCCACUUAAGAAAAGGUUGAAAAGGUUAUAUAUGUGUGCCGAAACUGCUAAUUACAUGAAAUGGCAUGCAAAUGGUCGAGGAAAAGACGGACUUGGAUUUUUGCAACAUCCGGUGGACGGUGAAGCUUGGAAGAACUUUGACAAAUUGUAUCCAAAAUUUGCUCAAGAUCCUCGUAAUGUGAGGCUUGCAUUAGCCACAGAUGGGUUUAACCCAUUUAAUUCAAUGAGCAUUGUGCAUAGUACAUGGCCAGUAAUUUUGGUCAACUAUAACUUGCCUCCAUGGUUGGCCACAAAGUCAGAGUUUCUAAUUUUGUCAUUACUUUUUCCCGGCCCAUUGUCUCCUGGAAAAGAUAUUGAUAUCUACUUGCAACCACUGAUCAAAGAUCUUAAUGAUUUGUGGGAGUUUGGCCUAGAAACAUAUGAUGCGUCAACAAAUACAAGGUUUGACAUGCAAGUAGCUUUGGCGUCUACUAUUAGCGAUUUUGAUGCUUAUGCAAUGGUAUCUGCUAGUUGGAGCACAAAAGGUAAAAUAGCUUGCCCAUAUUGUCAUUAUGAAAUUGAUUCAGUGUGGUUACCAUAUAGCCACAAGUAUUGCUACAUGUGUCAUCGCAAAUUUUUGGAUACUGAUCACCCGUGGCGUUUUAAUAAAAGAAACUUCAAUGGAAAAAUUGAUGAACGAAUUGCACCCGUGCCUUUAACGGGAAUUGAGAUUGAGGAAUUGCUUUGUGAUUUUCCAAAUCAUUAUGGAAAAAAGCAACCUAAGAUGAAACAAGCAGAGGAUGAUCCUAAUCCGUGCAGAAAGAUGUCCAUACUUUUUAAGUUGCCUUAUUAG